ACGCCACUGUCCGUCAAAGACGAGCCCACAGUCCAGUGGCCCACAGAAGAGGGCGCGUACUAUACGUUUAUAAUGACAGACCCGGACGCCGGAGCGCGGGCUGAGUUCAAGCACUGGCAUGUCGUCGAUAUACCGGGCAAUGAUCUCUCGGCGGGCGAAACGUUGGCUCAUUUCAUGGGAUCGGCGCCACCGGCGGCCGACGCACCGCAUCGAUACGUAUUCCUGGUAUACAAACAACCCUCGGGUCGACUCAACCACUCGGAGACGCCGUCCCCUAAAGAGGGAUUUGAUGGCCGACCGUAUUUCAAAGUCAGCGAAUUUGCUAAGAAAUAUAAUUUGGGCCAACCCUAUGCCGGCAACAUAUAUCUGGCCAAAGGGGACGCCCACUCAGCGCAGACUGACACGACCUCUCAAUACGAUCCAAAAGCUAUCAUAUUUCGGGCGGCGGAACAGAUAGCCAACAAUUGGGUCGGAGUUUACAACAAAACUUUACGAAAAAUAUCGUGUUAUUCGCCGGAAGAGAAAAGAGUUGUGACAAAUGAAACCGAAUGCAAACAAUUGUUUGGACGAAAUAAAACAGUGAUCGAAGCCAUCGACUCAUCGGUUGUUGACACUAUCGAUGGUAUCGUUGAGUUUGCGGGCAAAUCUACAAUCAGAGGAUAUCAUAUAUUCUUCAGACGAGACGGACGGCCAGUCUUUUGCACCAAAUAUAUGGGCGAAACCGAUAAUACCUGCAAAGAGAAGGAUGACAUCACUCCUAUACGGGAGGACUGUUUCCCUCCGCCUCCACCGCCGGAGAAGAAUUGGUUGGCGAAGUUGGGACUAAUUGUUGGAAUCAUCGUCGCUGUCAUCGUUGUCAUAAUAGUCGUGUUAUUGAUCUGCUAUUGUGUGGCGAAGAAAGUUUGGCCACAAAAAGGCGAACCGACCGAUAAACCGUCGGACCCGACACAACCAUCGACACCAUCACUACAACCGCCAGUCUUAGCGGACGAUUCAACGCAAACCACACCACAUUCUACUCCGAUUGAACGCAGAAUACCCCCGGAAUCGAGAAGAAAACAGAAACCACCACCUGUUAGUCCAUUGGCACAACCGUCGGUCUCAAGAACUGUCCCAAAGGCCCCGCCGACAGGUGUUAAGAAACAGGUGUCUGAAAAGCCAGUCCGCAGUCCUCUCCUAUCAGAGCAAAGAGCUCCAAAAUCGGGUGGAAAGAAGAGAUCACAUGCGAGUCAAUCAACAGCACCGCCGGUGGCACCAGCCGUCCCAACGCCCGGACCAACCCCUCGACAGCAAGAGGUGCCGCGAAUCCCCGACAGAGAUCUCACACCAGAGCAAAGAAAAUCCGGCACCACAAUGAAGCUCAACCCUACGACUACACAACAGACUACUACCGGUACACAAACGGUGCCCAAACCCGCACCGGGAGAACGUCCGCGUUCAAGAUCCCCGGAAUCGAGUGGAAGACAGAGAUCACCAAAACGAGUGCCGGAGACAAAGCCCGCCUCAAAUCCUGUCUCAAAGCCCGCCUCAAAGGCCGCACAAACCCGGGCUAAGGAACCGAUGGGACUGCAGACCGGUCGCGAUCGUCCGCCCAUUCCUCUAUUGCCAAGAGCUAAGUUGAGAAAACAGCUAUCCGAGCGACCCAUCAAACUGUGCCUGAAAGUAGUUGAUGGCCACGGGUUGGCCCAACCGAUUGGUCUUUGCGUACUCUAA